UUGGCUGUUGCGACCAAGUGAGUAUGGAAACCAAUAGGAGUGGUUGAGCGUGCAGCGUGGGCAACGGCUGUUCGACCAAUUGCGUGUCGCGAAAACCUAGCACUGAAUUUGUAUUUUUGUCCACGAGCAGCUACUUUUCCUGAUUUCAGGUCUGGUUCAGUUAAUAAAGAUGAUGGACGCACUGUCAGUGGUGAGUCAGCUGCGGGACCUGGCCUCUGAACCGCAGAACCGAGAGGUGAUAGUACAGGACCAGGGCUGUCUGCCCGGGCUGGUUCUCUUCCUCGACCACCGGGACCCGGAGGUUCUGCUCGCAACUCUGCAGACCCUGCGUUACUUGGCUGAGUUGCCUCCGAACAUCCCCACCAUGAAAAAUGAACUUGGUAUGAUGGUGAGCUUGGAGAAUCUCAUGGGAAGAGAGGGCCUGUCUGUUGACAUCACAGCCUUGGCCCAGGAGGUGUAUGACAUUCUGCGUGCAACAGCCAAUCCUGCAGCCAGCUCAUCUGAGCAGGAGAGGAGAAAGAAAUCACAGUUCUUUAUCAACUCCUCCAACAAGAAGGCCAAGUCUGUCACUCUGCACAUCCAGGGGCUGAACAGCACUGUCCAGCGUGGCUUGUGUGAAGAGGCUCUUCUGAAGGUCAGAGGAGUGAUAAGCUUCACUUUCCAAAUGGCCUCCAAAAGGUGUACUGUCCGUAUCCGCUCUGACCUGCCCACUGAGAGUCUGGCAUCAGCAAUCGCUGCCACUAAGGUGUUGUCAGCCCAACAGGUGGUGAAGAAUGAAGCAGGAGAAGAGGUUUUGAUCCCUCUGAACCCAUGUGGAGUGAAGGUGCAGCAAAACUCAGCUCUACCAGACUACCUCCCAGAGGAAGAGGAGAGCCCAGAGAGGGGGGUCGACCGUGCAAUUUCCCGCACUACAGCCAAGGAAGAUUCCAGUGGGAGCUGGCUCAAUUCUGCUGCCGGUUUCCUCAAAAAAACCUUCUACUGGUGAAACUGGAGCAGAUGGAUUUCCGGGCGAAUCAGUGUCGCAGAGUUGUGCUAAAAGACUGCUCCCUACUGCUGUGUAUGUGGCUGGAGUGGACAUUACUGGAUGUGGACACACAACAGGACUACAUUCUGGCUUUGUGCGCAUGGUCAGAACUUCACCAACUUUCUAUCAAUUCCUGUGAAUAACUUCAAAUAUCAACACGCUCAAAAGCACUUCAGACUUUAGGAUCUAGCUCUAUUCUACUUUGAACUGAAUGGAGACCCACACACUUGAAAAACAUCCUUUUGUCUGGACCUUUGCUGUUUUCUAUCCACUAUUAUCAACAAGUGUAAAUAUUUUCUCAAAAUCUGUCUCCUCGCAGUUUUUAUCAAACUGUCCAUUUUCUCCCUACAUGUAAAGGGUUACAAAUGUUUCCUGCUUAAAAAAAAAAAAAAAAAAAAUUUCUAUGUUCUAUUGUUUAUCGGUUUAUGCUAAAAUAAAUGUACAAAAU